UCAUCUAAUCUAACAUACAUCGGCAAGAAUCGAAACUUUCUUCGUCCAUCCCACAAGCUCUUCGCAGAAACAUUAAUUAAUAAAAUUAGAAGAAAUCCAUAGACACAAUUAGAAUAUGAAAUGAAGAGAUUGAAGAGGUAUUACUUGCAUCUGAGAAACGCCCGUCAUUCGGUGGAACGCAAAUGGAUCUUCCGGCUAGCCAUUGCCUCCAUCCUCUCUCUUUCCCUUCUAUUCCUCUCAACCCUAACCCCGCCGGACGGGACCACUCUCCUCCCGCUCUACCGCUCCGCCUCCCUCUUCGUCGAGUCGAAGCUCCGCCCGAUUCCCGCAGCCUCCCUCCCUCCUCUGCCGCCGCGCUUCGCCUACCUCAUCUCCGGCUCUGUCGGCGACGCCAACAUGCUCAAGCGAACCCUCCUGGCCCUCUACCACCCCAACAACCGCUACGUCGUCCACCUCGAUGCUGCGUCGUUGCCGCAGGAACGCCUCGAUCUGGAGAACUUCGUCAAGAACCACUCUACAUUUGCGAAAUUCAGCAAUGUGGCGGUGAUAACGAAGGCGAAUCUGGUGACGUACCGGGGCCCCACGAUGGUGGCGAAUACGCUGCACGCCGCCGCGAUCUUGUUGAAGGAAGGUGGGGAUUGGGACUGGUUUAUCAACCUUAGUGCGUCGGACUAUCCGCUUGUUACUCAAGAUGAUCUGCUUCUGACUUUCUGGAAUCUGCCACGCGACCUUAAUUUCAUUGAUCAUACAAGUGAUAUUGGUUGGAAAGUGUCUCAGCGGGCAAAACCAGUGAUCAUUGAUCCUGGGUUGUAUAUGUCCAAGAAAGGUGAUGUUUUCUGGAUUACACAGCGAAGAAGUGUGCCAACAGCCUUCAAGCUAUUUACAGGUUCUGCUUGGAUGGCUCUUUCUCGGCCUUUUAUUGACUUUUGCAUUUGGGGGUGGGACAACUUACCUCGAAGAAUUCUCAUGUACUAUACAAAUUUUCUCUCCUCCCCUGAAGGUUAUUUCCACACUGUCAUCUGUAAUGCUCAAGAUUUCCGCAAUACCAUUGUGAAUAGUGAUCUGCAUUUCAUAUCUUGGGACAAUCCUCCCAAGCAGCACCCUCACUACCUCACGCUCGAUGACAUGUCAAUGAUGGUCAGCAGUAAUGCCCCAUUUGCUAGAAAGUUCCACCGGGACGAUCCAGUGCUUGACAAGAUUGAUUCCGAACUCUUAUUUCGCGGUCAAGACAUGGCAGUUCCUGGUGGCUGGUGUGUUGGAAGCACGGAAAAUGGGAAAGAUCCAUGCUCUGUUGUGGGAAAUACCACAGUCCUCCGUCCCACUGCUGGUGCAAAAAGGCUGGAAAAUCUGAUCAAGUCCCUGUUAUCAAGUAACAGUUUCCGACCAAGGCAGUGCACGUAGGUGGAGUUUUCACUUCAGGAAGGCUCUUCUGACGCCAAUAGACUGGAAAGAGGGAAGAAGGAAGAUGGCACCACAAAAAGUAUGUUCCGAACUUGUGCCGAUAGUAAAAAUAGGACAGUGCCAGGAGCAUAUAUGCGAUCACUUGUGGGCUCGAGGCACUGAAGUAACUUGGUGGGUAGAAAUCAACUGGAGAACUGACUACUAAGGCAAUAUUUUGAUGCAAUAACACCUGUAUAGCUGAUAUUUACAUGCCCUCGUCCUUUUCUGUCCAUUGGCCGGAUCCUGGCAUUCCCUUGGAGGAGCUGGUGAAGGAGUCAAGGGAACUUGCUCGAGAAAGGAUGAAAAAUGUUUUAGGAAGGAGACACUGCCAUGAAACUGAACUGACUUUUUGAUAGUUACGUUGGUGUAACAUAGACCAACUCACAGUCCGUCAAUUAUAAUUUUUAGUUCGGAUUAAAUUAUAAUUAUUUAUAAUAAUAUAUAUAAAAAAUCAAGAGAACAGAAAAGUCAACUGGGGUCAAGCGCUAGGUGGCCAUAACAUGGCUCCGCCACCGCCGACUCACGCGAAAGGAACGAAAUGUUAAAGUCACU